CGCUCUUAUCGCGUCUGUCUAAUCGUAAUCAGAUUGAGCAAAAAGUAAAAAAUAAGCAACUCUCCAUUAGUCACUAUCGGAGCUUCAACAAGGUUCGGUGAGGAGUUUCACGCUUAUUUGGACAUUUUUUUUCUUGCAACUAAAAUGGCAAUGGACAUCGGUGGCAAACUAUCCGCCACGCUCGAGUUCGACGGAAGUCUGGCAAGCUGGGAUGGGCUGGUGUCGAAAGGUGGCUACAAAUUUAAACGUGUCUGCGUGGACCAAAUCACCCCCGUAAUGCUGCGCCAACUUUACGAGAAGCAUACAAAAAUUGAGGAAUUGCGCAUCGCUGGGACAGCUUUGGAGGGGAAGGAUCUGGAUGAUAUUGGUAACCAUCUCCGGAGGUUGAAAGUUCUCCACAUUAAGGUGGAGAAAGAUGACCACCAGAUGGUCACCUUUUUCGAGAGACUUUCAAAGUUGAGACACCUGAAAAUGGAAUCCGACGGAGAGAGCGGAAUGUAUGGAGGCUACAAUUGGUUAAACUUCAGCAGUCAAUUUCAUCCUUUAGAGGUUCUCGAACUGGACAAUAUGGCGCAGAGCAACCCGGGUUUGUCGUGGUGCAAUUGGUUUGAACAUUUUCCAUAUCUUAAAACGAUUAAACUAAAAAAUUGCGUCCUAAACCAUUGGAUCGACUUCAUAGCCCAAAUAAGCUGGCUGGAAAAGCUUGAUUGUCUGGUGCUGGACGGAGUUUACGACCGAAUCGGUACGUUUGGAAAUCACCCGAAAAAUCCCAACCCAAACAACAUCAAAGUUUUGAAGGUGAGGGGGGAUACAAUGUUGGCUAGAGAGCUGGCAGCACUGCUGGAAGGCUGUCCGAACUUGGAGAAAGUCUAUUUACUCAAUAUGGACGUAACACAGCGUGAUGUGCUUGAAGUUCUUCAGCGUAAAGGGGAGAAUUUCGAUGGCUUUUUGUUGAAUGACAACGAAGUUUGGUCGGAUGCAACUCUGGAAGAUGUCAAAUGCAUUAUUGAUAGAUGUAAAGAUUUGUCAAAAUCCUACCAAUUGUAAGUUGUGAUUUUGUUGAACUGUAGUCUUAUUUUACGUAGAAUAAAUAUAAAGGAAAUAUAAAAAG